AUGGAUUCCCGGGUGCGUGCGCAUCGCCUACCUGGGGAACUCAUGGCACCAGGAUGCACUACGGGAAGAAGGCAAGCCGAAUGUAUUGUGCUUGUUUUGCCUCUGCUCAUGCUCUCCUUCAGGGAGUGUGCAAGUGUCAACGACACAAUCAGAAUUAUCAGUCCGUUUCCCAAUUUGAUCUCUGUGUCUAAUAGACAGAUCUGGGGAACCUGGGGCACAUGGAAGUGGUGUCCUACAGGCACCUAUGCUACUGGCUUUAGCCUCAAGGUGAGUACAAAUCAGGGGAUUUAUUAUGACACAGCCCUAAAUGGAAUCGCUCUUUACUGCUCUAAACCCAUCGGUUCCAACGGUAACGAUGGGAGCUACACAACUGUCAGAUCUGAUGUAAGCUGGGGGUCUUGGACACAGAACCUUUGGUGCCCCAGUGGAGUGCUAACAUCUUUCCAACUGCAAGUACAAAGUUAUCAGGGAUGGGCCUUGGAUGAUAGCACUGCUAACAACAUAAGAUAUUUAGUAACAAAAAGUUCCUGGAGCUCACUUUGUGGUGGAACUGGGAUUUGUGGUAUCCAAACAAAAGUGGAGUCGCCUCAGGGCAUAGGGGAUGACACCAGUCUUAAUAAUGCCCGCUUCUUUUGCUGCUACUAAGCAUGGAUUGACAAGAGAAGAACAAGAACAACAACUAAAGUAAACAAUCUUUUUAUUUCUCAUGAAAUCAAAUAUCUGAGUUAAUUAUAGUAAUAUCAUUUUUUACUAAUCACAAAAAUGUACUCACUGAUGAUUUAGUCAGAUUUGUUAUCCUGCUUAUCCUGUACUUUAAUGGAAAGUAAGUUUUAAAUUAAUUAAAGAAAU